AUGGACAAAACUGGAUCCACCGACUCCCAGAAGCGGACCCCUCCGCCCGGAAGUCGAUUCCGGAAGUUCCCACGGGGCAACGUCACUUCCGCCGCGCUUCCUGGAGGCGCCAAGAUGGACGCCGCCACUUUUAAGUUGAAAUCUCCCUUAUUUGCAGGAGCCUCUGCAGCUGUUGAGAAAAAGCAAAAACCUCUUCCAAGACUUAAUGUCCAUUCUGGAUUCUGGAUAUUGGCAUCCAUUGUUGUGACCUAUUAUGUGGAUUUCUUUAAAACUAUUAGAGAAAACUUUCACACUAAUAGUUGGUUUCUCUUUGGCGGCGCCUUGUUGCUUGUCAGCGUGUCCGUUGCAUUCUACUGCAUUCUCUAUCUGGAGUGGUAUCGUGGGAUUGAAGAUUAUGAUGUCAAGUAUCCAGCCCUGAUACCCAUCACAACCGCUGCUUUUAUCGUGGCAGGGAUUUGCUUCAACAUCGCUUUGUGGCCCGUGUGGUCGUUUUUCACUCCGCUGCUGCUGUUCACCCAGUUCAUGGGCCUUGUGAUGUUCAUCUCGCUCCUCGGGUGAUUCCCGCAGGUUCAAGGGCAUGCAGACUGAACCAUCAAACAUCCAGCUGGCUGGCAGCGUUCCAAAGGGGGAAAAGCAUCCUGAAGUGAGCGGUGUCCUAGGAAAAAUUGUACCUUCACUGAUCUGUGGUUGAAAUGAGAAUAAAUUAUAUUUUAUUUGCAUAUUCUUAAACUCAGAUGAUUUUUCAGAUUCAGAAUAGGAGUAUUCUCUUCAAAAUAGAAAUAACUAAGUUGCAGUGUGAGUCUGUUUGAAUCAUGGAGAAAGUAUUGGUGUGAAAGUUACAUGAAGUUUCAUUAUAGAUGCGCAUUGCUCCCAGUGUAGUAGGUGGAUUGCUCACUCUUCACUUGUGAGGUGACGGAUGUGUCCAUGUGCCUUUAACCCGUAAGCAGUGACUGUGGACCACACUGUGUAAUGCCUUCGCUAGUAAGAGGACCAACUGAACAUAUUCUAUGCAUUCCUCUUUGGAUUUUACCAUUGUAUGUAAAUCAUUGGGUUUUCAGCAUGUUGAACAUAUGAGCUUUUAAUGAUUUUUAAGUAUGUAUAAUUAUUUUCCCUAACAUUUAAAUAAAAUAUUUUUAUAACUUU